AUGUCCUCGUCCACCUCUGCCGGCGAGGGCGACCAGUCCAAGCGCCAGGCACUGACCAACGCGGCCUCCCGCGCUGUCCACCGCCUCAGCGCCGCCGCCGAGGCCGAAAUCGCCGAAAUCGCCAAGCGCCACCACCCGUCCGCCGCCAACGCCUACCGCCUGCAGCUGCUCACGCGCCAGCAGCGGCAGUUUGCCGACCUGGAGGCGGCGCUGCCCGACCGCAGCAGCGCCUGGGGGUUUACCGGAGGCGCCGAGGACGGCGCGCCGCUGUCGCUGCGGCCCUCGGCCCUGCUCGCAUCGGGCGGCCGCCUCCUGCAGUCCGUCUCCAAGGCGUCGGCCCAGUCGUCGCGCGUCGCCGACCUCCUGAGCUACCUCGGCAAGCGCAACCCGGCACCACAGCCGAUCACGGACAAGGACUGCGUCUGGCUGCUCGACAACGUCGCCUUUGUCGACGCCGCCACGGGCGACUACCAGGCCGAGUACGUCGUCGCCGUCAUGGCGCAGCACCCGACCUGCAAGGUUGUCGACGCGGUGCGUGCCGUCGCGGACACGCUGGGGCGCGGGGCCCUGGACGACGCCGCCCUCAAGACGAUUGAGGAGCGCAUCGUUCCGUUCCUGCAGGACAUCCUGCCGGGCCGCCAGGUGGCCGCCCUGCACGGCGAGGAUUGGCGGCUGCUGUUCAGCCCCGGCGGCCGCAACGGCCUGAGCAGCGACGUCCGCCGGCUGCCGGGCGCCAAGCCGGGCGCGCUGGUGCCGACGCGUGCCGAGGUGCCGGCCGGCGUCAACGGGAUGCUGGAGAUGCAGACGUUUUACACGGCCAAGACGAACGGCGCCGGCGACGCAAGCCAUACAUCGCUGCGCGAAAGGCACUGGGGCGUCAUUUCCGACAUUGACGACACCAUCAAGCUGACGCAGACCAGCGACCCCAUUGGCAUCCUGCAAAAGACCUUUGUCGACCCGGCCACGCCCAUCGAGGGCAUGCCCCCGCUCUACCAGUAUAUCCAGGCGCGCAUGGGCGACGCCGCCCCCUUCUUCUACCUGUCGGCCUCGCCCUACAACCUCUACCCCUUCCUGCACGGCUUCCGCCGCCAGUUCUACCCGCACGGCAUGCUCGUCCUGCGCGACGCCACCCUCAUGAGUGUCUCCGGCCUGCUGUCCACCCUCACCCUCGGCACCCAGGCCUACAAGGUCGACCGCAUGCACAAAAUCCACGGCUGGCUGCCCGACACGACGUUUGUCUGCAUCGGCGACUCCACCCAGAGCGACCCGGAGGCCUACGGCGAGAUCUACCGCACCUUCCCCGGCUGGGUCGGCCUGAUUCUCAUUCGCAAAGUCACCGACAUUGCCGCCCUCGGCAUGGAAGAGAAGAACGACCCGGACCGCUUUGACAAGGCCUUUGAAGGCGUGCCCAAGGACAAGUGGCACGUCUUUGAGCACCCGCACCAGUGCUACGCCCUGGUGCAGCAGGCCGUGGGCACCGGAACCGCAGCAGAAGCCGUUGCAGCAGCGGCGGCGGCGGCAGCAGAGGCAACGACGAGUCAAACAGCCACAGCAAGUGCAGGUGACGAUGAGUAG